AUGGCCCCACCUCCCGCCCAGACCCCCGCCGCCCGCAAGCGAACGCGCAAGAGGAAACGCCGUGCUGCCUCUUCCUCCUCAUCAGACUCUUCCUCAGACUCGUCAUCCGACUCUGAUGCUCCCCGGCAAGCGGUCGUCCGCGUCUCCAUAAAGGGGGCAAAGAAGGCGCAGCCUACUCCCGAGACAAAGGCGGAAUCCUCUUCCUCAUCGUCUUCCGAGGACAGUGGGGACAGCAGCAGCGAAGCUGAAGAUGAGCGGAUGGGUGAUGAGAGGGACCCUACGCCACCCACAGAUGCUCGAAAACCUGUUCCGAAAGUUACAAGGCGUCCCGCAUCACCUACCCCUCCACCGACAGCCAUCCCGACGUUUAUGUCGGAGAAAACCUCGGCAGAAAUGCAAAAGGCGGACGAGCAAAUGCUGAAGGAGAAGUUCAGGCGGUUUUGGAUGGUGUCGGUAGCCGAUGCAUUCAAGGACGACCUGGAGGAGAUCCGCAAGGAACCGAACAUGACCUCGUCUCGUUUGGCGAUGCUUAUCGACUCGCUUGCGGCUGGCGGAGACGCACUUACGUCGAGAGUUGGGCCAGAUGACGCUGUGAAUGAGAUGGAGAUCGUGCUUGAACACAAUACAUGA